AAUUAUUGUUAUGUUAUGGAAAGCGCGAUGAGCCUCUGAAGCACUCACGAGACAUUUUGUUAAGUUUCACGCUCAAAAUAAAGUUGAGCCAUCGGGGUGCAACCUUGCAGGUGGAACUUUGCAGCAGCUUCAUGGGUUUCGAUUUGUGAGCAUGUCGACCGCGAGGAGCGCCGAGCUCAACAAGAUCGUCAGGCAGCAGUACGUGGAGCUCCCCCAGGGAGACAAGGUCCAGGUCACCUACAUCUGGAUCGACGGCACCGGAGAGGGUCUGCGCUGCAAGACCAGGACCUUGGACUCGGAACCCAAAAGCAUCCGAGAUAUUCCCGAGUGGAACUUUGACGGGUCCAGCACGUACCAGUCCGAAGGAUCCAACAGCGACAUGUUCCUGGUCCCUGCUGCCGUGUUCCGGGACCCCUUCAGGAAGGACCCCAACAAGCUGGUCCUGUGCGAGGUGCUCAAGUACAACAAGCAACCCGCAGAGACCAACCUUCGAGACCGGUGUCGUCGCAUCGUGAGCUUGGUGGAGAAUGAGCAUCCCUGGUUUGGGAUGGAGCAGGAGUAUACGCUGCUGGGUACUGACAGACACCCUUUCGGAUGGCCCUGCAAUGGCUUCCCGGGACCCCAAGGUCCUUACUACUGCGGCGUGGGCGCCGACAAGGCGUACGGACGAGACGUGGUGGAGGCUCACUACCGAGCCUGCUUGUAUGCCGGUGUGCAGAUCUGUGGCACCAAUGCAGAGGUCAUGCCGGCGCAGUGGGAGUUCCAGGUGGGGCCAUGCGAGGGCAUCGCCAUGGGUGACCAUCUGUGGGUGGCUCGUUUCAUCCUGCAUCGAGUGUGCGAAGACUUUGGCUUGGUUGCAUCCUUUGACCCGAAGCCCAUCCCAGGAAACUGGAACGGCGCAGGGUGCCACACCAACUUCAGCACGCAGGACAUGAGGCAGGAGGGAGGACUCAAGGUGAUAGAGGCAGCCAUCGAGCGUCUGGCCAGACGUCACCACUUCCACAUCCGCGCCUACGACCCUAAAGGUGGACUGGACAACGCCCGGCGUUUGACAGGUCACCACGAGACCUCCAACAUUGACCAGUUCUCUGCCGGCGUGGCCAACCGAGGCGCCAGCAUCCGAAUCCCGCGAGCGGUGGGCGAGGACAAACGGGGCUACUUCGAGGACCGCCGUCCUUCCGCCAACUGUGAUCCGUACAUCGUCACGGAAGCCCUGAUACGAACUUGCCUGUUGAAGGAGGAGGGGGAGGAGCCUGCAGAUCACAGCCAGUGACGUGACGCUCUUGCCGAAAACGUGUGACCCACCAGUGACUGGUGUGAUUUGCCAUUUUUUUUUACCUUUUGACCUCUGUCCUCUUUGACUUUUUCCACUGGCUUCUGCUCUCGAAUAAA